GACAAAAGUUGUGAAAAAUGUGACGCCAUCUUGGUCCGAGUUGUUGUCGAGACAUUCUGUGCUUGUCUCAUCCUAUGAAGAGUUAAAAGACGGAGGAGAAAACGAAUGCUGAGAGAUGGAGUGUGUUCAGCUCAGAUCCAGACAGGAGACAUCUUGAGCCUUAAUCGUUUGGUGGAAAUCAAACGCUGUUCUGUCAUGGAUCAGCAUCUUAACAUUGUUCUUCUGGGAAAAACUGGAGUUGGGAAAAGUUCUUCAGCAAACACCAUUCUAGGAAGGGAAGUGUUUAAGGCUGAAACAGACUUUGAGUCAGUGACCAAAUAUAUUUGUGUGGAACCUGUAACUCUGUUUGGGAGACAAAUUUCAGUGAUAGACACUGGAGACAUAUUAACAUCACAGGAGCAGAUUGCAAAAGUUCUUCUGAAUCUUUUGCCGGACUCCACUCCCUCUCUUUACCUGCUGGUGAUCAAAGUUGGUCGUUUCACUCAAGAGGAUGAAAAGGCUGUAGAGGCUGUAGAGAAAGUCCUCGGGCCUCGGAGGAUGAAAAAUUGUUUUCUGCUCUUCACUGGAGGAGAUAGGUUAAAUACAUCACUAGAGCAAUUUAUUUUAGGCUCUACCAACAGUCCGCUUCCCAAAAUUGUUGACCGUUUUUUAUGGAGAAUCCAUCUUUUCAACAAUAAAGAUGGAGAAGAGGACCAAGUCAGAGAACUGUUGACAAAGACAGGACACAUUGGAACAGGUCAGUACAAAUUUCAGUCAGAUCUUCAGUUUUUUUAA